AAACUAAAAUCUCAAGUUGCCGUCGUCCUCAGACAGUUAAGUGAUAGUUCAACGGACCUCAAAGCUGUACUUGCAGCGAAAAUACCAAAGGAACAAGAACGGGUCAAGAAUUUCCGUAAGCAACAUGGAGGUUCUAAAGUCGGUGAAGUUACCGUUGACAUGAUGUACGGUGGUAUGAGAGGAAUCAAAGCCUUAGUAACGGAAACCUCAGUCCUCGAUCCCGACGAAGGUAUCAGGUUCAGAGGCCUUUCCAUCCCAGAAUGCCAAAACGUUCUCCCCAAAGCACCAGGCGGCAGCGAACCACUCCCAGAAGGUCUCUUCUGGCUUUUGCUCACCGGCGACGUACCUACCGAUGCUCAAGCUAAAGCAUUAUCCAAAGAAUGGGCCGAAAGGGCUGAACUGCCCUCACACGUCGUUCAAGUCUUGAACUCACUACCGACAUCAGUGCAUCCCAUGUCACAGCUUUCCGCAGCUAUUACCGUGAUGAACAGCGAGAGUAAAUAUGCCAAAGCUUAUGCCAGUGGAGUACACAAGUCCAAAUACUGGGAGUACACAUACGAAGAUGCCAUGGACCUCAUUGCAAAACUCCCCGUUGUAGCAGCCACCAUCUACAGAAAUUCAUUCAGGGACGGUUCCGGAAUUGGCGCCAUCGACACCUCCAAAGAUUGGAGUUAUAACUUCACAACUAUGUUAGGAUAUGAUGAUCCUAAAUUCAUUGAAUUAAUGAGAUUGUACCUGACCAUCCACAGUGACCACGAAGGUGGCAAUGUUUCUGCUCAUACUGUGCACUUGGUGGGCUCAGCCCUCAGCGAUCCCUACCUCUCAUUCGCUGCUGGUAUGAAUGGAUUAGCUGGGCCACUCCACGGAUUGGCCAACCAAGAGGUACUUGUCUGGCUCCAAAAACUGCGUCAACAAGUCGGCGACAGGGCGACAGAAGAACAACUCAAAGAUUUCAUCUGGAAAACUCUUAAAUCCGGACAAGUUGUUCCUGGAUAUGGUCACGCCGUGUUGAGGAAGACUGAUCCUCGUUAUACUUGUCAAAGAGAAUUCGCGCUCAAACAUUUACCUGACGAUCCAUUGUUCCAAUUGGUCUCCAACGUAUACAAAGUUGUUCCUCCAAUCCUCCUCGAGCUUGGAAAAGUCAAGAACCCAUGGCCAAAUGUAGAUGCUCACUCCGGUGUUCUCUUACAGUAUUAUGGACUUAAAGAAAUGAACUAUUACACCGUUCUCUUCGGAGUAUCGAGGGCUCUUGGUGUAAUGGCGUCGCUCAUCUGGGACCGCGCUCUCGGCUUGCCCAUCGAAAGACCAAAAUCCAUGUCAACGGAUGGUUUGAUGAAGCUCCUUAAGGCUAAGUAAGAGACUGGAAGAGUCAACUCAUCGUUAACAUUUACAGCGGCAUUGUAGUUUGAACUGUUACUUGAGAGGUGUAUGAGUUUUAAAAAGUGAUCAUAAGACCAAAAUUAUCACAAAUCGCAGAUAAAUUUAAAGGAAACAAUUCUAUGAAUAUAAGGGCAUUCUUGUUUUAUUAUUUGCAUUUUGUGACAAUUGUUUUAUACAUAUUACUACAAUAUGUAUUUUUUUAUUUUUAAGCAUGUUGGUGUAUAUUUUUGUUUACUACUUGAAGAGUUUAUUUAUUUUUAUACGAAUUUAUUGAUAAUUUAGGCAACCCGUGUCUAAAUUUUAACUUUAAUUAUAAGUAUUCUUUAUUUUAAAGAAUCCAACAUUGUUCUGUUCAUGUUCUGUACGAUGAACUGUUCAAGUAGCUCUUAGAUUCUUCUAGACUCUCAAGUAUCAGUUUCUCCAUUUUUGUUGAACAUUAGUAUUUUAUUUAUUUAUAAUUGUACAAAGGAAUUAGGUGUACAUUUUAUUCUGAGGUAAUUUAUUUCUCUCUACUACUUAUUCUCGGUACACAUUUUAAAGUAAAUAUUAUAAAAGAGACUUUCUUUGUUAAAUUAUUUAAACUUUGUAAAAAUUGUCCAGAUGUAUUUGAACAUUAUUUUGUUUUUUAUUUUUUGCAGAAGUACAAUCACUUGUUCUGU